UCUGUACAUGUUAUUGUCAAAGUACAUUUGGUUUUGAUAAUCUUUAGUGCCUUCAGCCACGAUAGUAAUGUUUUGUUAAAUGUCUUGUGACUAUUUUUCUAUUUCUUUCUAGUAAGAUUUAAAACAGAAAGUCAAAAUGACUCUAGAAAAGUUUGACUUAGAAGAUGACGGUGUUAUGUCAAGUGACAGCCAAAGUGUGGAACCCACAACCAAGUCAAAAAAGUCAAAUCGAGGCAAGCGAAGAACAGCUGACAACGACAAGACAGUAAAUUCUUCUAAAAGAGCAAGAAGUGACAAUAAUUCUUCUGCUGUGCUUCCUAGUCACGGUUAUCCUUUAGAGCACCCCUUCAACAAGGAUGGGUAUGGGUAUAUUUUAGCUGAACCUGAUCCAAAUGCAGACAAGCGAGACUUUGAACUUGACUCUUUUGCCGGGAAGCCUAUUCCAGGUGAAAUUUAUCGUGUUGCUUUGCAACCAAAUGUUUACUUGUGUCUGCAUGACCGUGCCACACAGCUGAAAGUUUCCGAUGAUAGAUUGACUGUUACUGGUGAAAAAGGAUAUUCUUCUAUACGAGGCAAUUAUGGAGUUUCCAAAGGAAAUUGGUAUUACGAAAUCACUAUAACCAACAUGCCUGAUACUACUGCUUCCCGUUUGGGAUGGUGUCAACCGUAUGGUAAUUUGCAGGCGCCAAUAGGAUAUGACAAGUUUAGUUAUUCUUAUAGAAGUAGAAAAGGCACCAGGUUUCAUCAAAGUAAAGGAAAACAUUAUGGUGAAGGCUAUGGUGAAGGGGAUGUUAUUGGCUUGCAUAUUUCUCUUCCUAAGCUAGACCAAAAUGUAGGGGUGUCUUUACCAUCAACACAUAAAGAUAAAGCAUUAAUAAAAUUUAAACACCAUUUACAUUACGAAGAGAAAGACAUGUCGGAACAAGUUGAAAAAACAAUGAAGCCUCUGAAAAAGACUGUAAUUACAUUUUAUAAAAACGGUAUAAACCAAGGUACAGCUUUUGAGGAUAUUUAUGAAGGUACUUACUUUCCUUGUGGUUCUCUAUAUAAGAAUGCUACAGUAACAUUCAAUUUUGGACCAAGUUUCAGAUACCCACCCAAAGAUUUAACCUACCAACCACUGUCUGAUCGUGUUGAAGAAAUGGCUGUUGAACAGUCGCUAGCUGAUCUCUUAUAUUUGACAUGCCACGAGGAUGAGAAGUGGAGGGAGAAAAGGAAAUCUAGCAAAAGAAGAGAAAAGUGAUUAGAACAUCAUAAUUAACAAAAUAUAAAAAAUUUGUAAUAAAUAAAAUUCACAUUGGUUAAUUAUUGUGUUUGAAUUUUGUAAAUAAAGUAGGCCUUAUUCAGGA